AUGAUAAUGGACGAAAAGCUAUCGAUUGGGAAUGGUCGAUCUCUGCCACCACUACUACCUCAUCCCUCGGACUACGUUGUCGACUUCGAUGGACCUGAGGAUCCUGAACAUCCAUACAACUGGAGUCUCUCGGCCAAGCUGUUCGCCUCUAUCCUCGUAUGCUCCGGAACGUUUAUCGUGUCCUUUACCAGCGCCGUCUUCGCCCCGGGAAUCGACGAUGCCAGCAAAGAAUUCGGCGUCUCAUCUGAAGUUGGAACCCUCGGUACAACACUGUAUGUCCUUGGCUUCAGCUCCGGUCCAUUAAUCUGGGCCCCCGCCUCAGAGCUCAGAGGCCGCAAGUGGCCCCUUACCAUCGCCAUGCUGGGUGGUGGGAUCUUCACUAUCGGCAGCGCAGUUGCGAAAGAUAUUCAGACUCUCAUAAUCUGUCGGUUCUUUGCUGGCAUGUGCGCUGCAAGCCAGCUCACUGUUGUGCCUGGUGUGUUAUCCGAUGUUUUCGAUAAUAGAUUCCGCGGGGUGGCAAUCACGCUGUAUGCAUUGACGGUCUUUGUUGGGCCAUUUUGUGCUCCAUUUACGGGUGGAUUCAUCGCGACCAGUUAUCUUGGUUGGCGGUGGACUCUCUGGAUUCCCGCGAUCCUGAGCCUUUUCAAUGGAGCCAUUUCGCUGCUGUUUUUGCGGGAGACUUAUGCGCCGGUCAUCCUCAUCAGCAAGGCAUUUCACCUGCGCCGACAGACGGGGAAUUGGGGCAUCCACGCCAAGCAAGAGAAGAUCGAGGUUGACCUUAAAGAAAUGAUGGAGAAAUAUUUCACGCGACCAUUGAGGAUGCUGAUCACGGAACCUAUCAUCCUUCUCGUGUCGACGUACAUGUCGUUCAUCUAUGGGAUCGUCUAUGCGCUGCUCGAAGCGUAUCCCUACGUCUUUGAGGAGAUAUAUGGCAUGAAGCCGGGUAUCAGUGGUCUUCCAUUCAUCGGACUUAUUGUCGGACAGAUUCUCGGCUGCAGCUUCAUUCUUUCACAGCAUGGGACUUAUAUUAAAAGAUUGGUUGAGAAUGAGGGUGUGCCGGUGCCAGAAUGGCGUUUACGGCCUACCAUUAUCGGAGCUCCUGUCUUUACGAUGGGUAUUUUCUGGUUCGGCUGGACUGGUUUUACUGAUAAGAUCCAUUGGGCUGCGCCUUCGGUGGCUGGAGUGUUCAUCGGAUUCGGGGUGAUAUGUGUCUUCCUGCCGUGCUUCGCCUACCUCAUCGACGCAUAUCUGCCACUGGCCGCAUCAGCGGUCGCUGCAAAUAUUAUCCUCCGAUCGGCGGUCGCUGCAGGAUUUCCUCUCUUUUCCGAGCAGAUGUUCAAGAAUAUGGGUGUCCAAUGGGCUGGAACUCUGCUUGGGUGCCUGGCUGCAAUCAUGAUACCUAUUCCUCUUCUAUUCAGAUCUUACGGGCCUUUGCUGAGGAGUAAGAGCAAGCUCUUCCAAUAG